GUGACCAGUGCGUCGCGUCAACGUCAAACUACCACCUCUUCUCCUCCUCACUCUCUCACCAACCUCUGCUCACGACGCAGUGGUCACUCACACACCGAACGCCUGGAUUGGCAUCUUGUCCACUUUCGUACCGCAUUUAUUGUUCCACAACGUCAUCAUGACGCCAGGAUCCUUCCUGGGUCUCUCCCUCAUCGUGGGGAUCUGUCUGGCGGGCGUGGUUGCUCAACAAUACUGGGUGGGCCCUCCCGACCAUGACGAUUCUGCCGCAGAUGACCUAGCCGCCGACUAUUCUGCCGAGUAUGCCGACUAUGUUCCCUACUCCUCGUAUGGUGGGGGUGGUGGUGGUGGUCCAGUUGUGAGCGGUCCACCCGCCAGCAGCUCAGAGGAGCGCGACAGUGGGCUGGUGUACGUUCCUCCAGGAGCUUAUCCAAUCCCAGGGCCGGGUGAUUAUUGGGCCGAAGAGAGGGGACGCGACGGUUGGGGGAAAGAUAAGAAGAAAAAGAAGAAGAAGAAGUCCAAGAAGAAGAAGAAGUGCAAGAAGAAGGGCAAGAAGGGCAAGAAGAAGAAGGGUUGUGAGAAAAAGGGGGGUUGGGGGCCCGUCACCGUCUCCACAUCCGGAGUACAGGUCGGUUGGAAGGGAUGGAUUCCUCCCGUAAAGGGGGCAGGAUGGGGUUGGUUUGGUGAGAAAUCUGGCCACUUCUCCUUCACGGACAAGGGAGGUUGGGGCAAGCGACCUGGCCCACAUUUCCCAGAUCCUGGACCACCCACUUUCAUCAAACAUGGUCCCAUCCAUCACAAAGUUAUCCAUCAGCAAAAAGGAUGGGGCGGAUGGCACAAGAAAUAGGAGAAGAACCACAAAUACAAAACAUAUCAGACAAAUUGGCUUCAUUUCAUUCCAGUAAAAAUCAAGUAGAAAUCAUCCACCAGAAGAAAAGCAGGGGUACUAAGAAAGACAUUCAUUGUUCGUAUGUAUGUAAUAGUAGAGUAGAUGUUAUUGUUGCUCAAUAAUAAACUUAUAACAGUUCAUCCUUAA